UAGCUUCCCAGCAGGUAUGUUGGCUCAGUGGGUGGCUAUCUUUAAAUUCAACCCAUUCAGGGGCUGGUUUGGGCCUAUAAAAGCCCAGAGCUUGCAAUCAAAAGUCAACUCACAAUGUUGUCGGUAAAAUUGUUGAUACUUCUCCUGCUGCAGUGCAGCGUGAAUGUCUUAGGAGGCGUUUGUUUAAUCCCUCAACCUGUAAAGCGGCAACGUUCGCUUAUUAACGAACUGUGGAGGUUUCAACCACGCCUCGAUGGACGCAUUGUGGGAGGAGAACGUAUUAACAUUACGGAUGCUCCACACCAAAUCUCACUGCAAACAUCGAGUCACAUUUGUGGAGGAUCCUUGAUAUCGGAACAAUGGAUACUAACUGCGGCACAUUGCACAUACGGCAAAACUGCGGAUCGUUUAAAGGUUCGCCUGGGCAGCUCCGAAUCCUCGAGAAAUGGAAAACUUUUGAGACUGGCGAAGAUUGUGCAACAUGAGAAAUUUAACUUUACCAAUGUAGACUAUGAUUUCUCUUUGCUGCAGCUGCAACAUCCAAUUGAAUUUGAUGAGACCAAGAAGGCCAUAAAAUUGCCAGAGGCGGAACAAAUGUUUGUGGAUGGGGAUCCGUGUUAUGUCACUGGUUGGGGCAACACACAGAGUCUGCUCGAGUCAAGGGAGUGGCUGCGACGAGUCCAAGUUCCGUUGGUGAAUCAAAGCAUCUGCAGUGAGAAGUACAAACAAUAUGGAGGCGUGACGGAGCGUAUGAUCUGUGCGGGAUACAUGGAGGGUGGCAAGGAUGCCUGCCAGGGUGACUCCGGUGGACCCAUGGUCAAUGAGGAGGGUGUGCUGGUGGGCGUGGUGUCCUGGGGUUAUGGCUGUGCAAAGCCCAAUUAUCCAGGCGUCUACUCCAGAGUGGCUCAUGCACGUGAGUGGAUCAAGGAACACAGCGGCGUUUAAAAAACCAGAUAUCUUAAAAAAUAUUAAGUUUGAAAAAAAUAUAAUAAAUAUAUUUAUACCACUUUAGAUU